AAAAAAUGUCAUAUACUAAGAAGAGUGACCAAGGCCUCCAGUGGCCCAGGCUGGAAUUGAACCAGCGUCCUCUGCUAUCACAGUAGGUGCCUGAGCCAUUUGGCCACCGGGAUUACGGCGGCAUAGGCCAAAUUUUAAUUUGUUUUAUUUUUAUUUAGGUACUUAGGUAACUUUCAUUCAUAAAAUUUGGUUCAGUAGCAAUUCAGUAGUUUCGUUGCUAUAGCUGAACACCGGUGACAAGAAAACAAGCAGGCGGUGCAGUGGGCAUCAAAUAUAGAUCGUGUCAUUCACAACGACGCGUGCCUUGACUCGUAAUGUUAUGUUAUUAAAGGUUAGGUCAGACAUAUCUGCGCGUCAUCGUUGAUGACACGAACUACCUUUGGUUUUUUAUAAUACCUAAAACUACGAAGCAAUAAAAAGUCGUUGCCAUGGUUUCUUUCACUGUUCUGUCAAAAUAUUUACGUCAACGGGCUUAACUCAAGUUAUUUCAGAUUACUUACAGUUUCUCGAAAAAAUAAUAAAUUAAUAUAAUCAGCGAUGGGCGAGAGGGCAUCUGCAUCCGCAGAAGACACGCUAAUUCGAUAUGACAAUCCCGUGUUGGUAACCAAAAAGCAGGAGGCGGCGCCAGUUGGUGUGACUGCUGCAGCUGCGCAGCCCUGCAUUCCCACCGAGGCUAAACGGGAAACUGAAGAAAUACUAAACGCCAUUCUGCCGCCGAAAGAAUGGGAAGAAGAGGGCCAAAUCUGGACUCAAAAGAUUUCUUCGACGCCAGCGACGCGACUGGACGUGAUCAACCUGCAAGAGAUGUUGGAUACUCGUUUGCAGCAACGACAGGCGCGGGAAACUGGCAUCUGUCCAGUUCGUCGGCAACUUUAUACGCAGUGCUUCGAUGAACUCAUACGUCAGGUGACAAUAAACUGCGGUGAAAGGGGACUUCUGCUUCUGAGAGUACGUGAUGAAGCGAGAAUCACGAUGGAAGCCUAUCAGACAUUGUACUGUAGCUCAAUCGCUUUCGGUAUGAGGAAAGCACUACAGUCAGAACAAGGCAAAUCCGACCUAAUGGAACAAGUGGCGAAGCUGGAAGCGGAGCGUUCAGCUCUCGAAAAGACUUGUGCAGAGUUGAAGCAGAAGACAGAACAGCUUGAGCGUCGGGCGGCUGAGCUACGCGCUGCAGAGGAGAAGAGACACCAGGAGGAACUUCUGGCUUUGAAGAAGACCAAUGCCCAGCUCAAGGCUCAACUAGAGGGUAUCAUCGCUCCGAAGAAAUAACCUAUUCUUAAAAUCUUUGUUUUUGCCAAAGCUUGGUUAAGGAACUGUGUUCCUACAUAAACGUAAUUAAAAUGUAUUAUACACUAUUAAAAGUAUAAAUUAUACACAAAAA